AUGAGACAAUUUGAUGCUAAUUUGUGGUUCAAACUUGAACGUCCAACUGCACCACAAGAUCAGUGGUACAAAAACACACAACCUAUGUCACCUUCCACAGAGGAGCACCGAAUCCAUUUCACAGCCACUGGACCAGGAAAUCAAGAACUCGCAUAG